AUGAACGAUCUUCUAACGGAAUCGUUUGAGAUCCCACGUGGCCAAGGUCACGUAGGUGAUGUCGAGUUGGGACAAUAUGCAAUGAAUUCAGGAGAACUGGGCUUGGAUAUUUUCUUCAAAAAGGUUCAGGAGCUUGAUAAACAUUAUGCUAAGCUGGAUAACCUUUUGAGAAAGCUCCAGGAUGCCCAUGGAGAGUCCAAAUCUGUGACCAAGGCUCCUGCCAUGAAGGCUAUAAAGCAGAGAAUGGAGAAAGAUGUUGAUGAAGUUAAGAAAACUGCGCAUUACAUAAAGACCAAAAUUGAAGAACUGGAUAAAGAGAAUUUGGCAAAUAGGCAGAAGCCUGGGUGUGGAAAAGGAUCAGGUGUUGACCGGUCAAGAACAGCAACAACCAUUUCCUUAAAAAAGAAACUGAAGGACAAGAUGGCUGAAUUUCAGACCCUGAGAGAAGCCAUCCAUCAAGAAUAUCGCGAGGUUGUUGAGAGACGUGUCUUUACAGUAACGGGCACAAGAGUUGAUGAGGAGACAAUUGACAGAUUAAUUGAGACUGGAGAUAGUGAACAAAUUUUCCAGAAGGCAAUUCAGCAACAAGGACGAGGCCAGAUAAUGGACACCUUGGCAGAAAUUCAAGAGCGACAUGAGGCAGUUAGAGAUGUUGAGAGGAAGCUUCUUGAUUUACAACAGAUAUUUAUGGAUAUUGCAGUGUUAGUCGAUGCACAGGGAGACAUGCUUGACAACAUAGAAUCACAGGUUUCAAGUGCAGUUGAUCAUGUGCAGCAAGGCAAUAAUGCACUCCAGAAUGCCAAGAAACUACAAAGGAACUCUAGAAAAUGGAUGUGCAUUGCAAUAAUUAUACUUCUCAUCGUUGUUAUUAUCGUCGUUGUUGGUGUGAUCAAACCAUGGGUUAACAAAAAUGGUGCUUAG